AAAAAACCAAUAUUACCUGUAUUUUAUGUUUCGAUAGUCCGGACGAUUGAUUAACCAAAAAAUAAAGAAUUGUCACAAACAUGAGCUGCUUUAAAGACGUAUAUUUUUGGAGACAGAGUCUAAUACUUAUAGGAGACAGCGUACACUCAGCCGGAACUGGUCUCAUGCUUAGUUUCUCUUCUGUCCUAAACCCAGCUCUUCUAUCUAACUCUACUGACAUACGAGCUACACCAGAGGAAGUAUCAUGGAUUUCUGCAAGUCUUGGUUUUGCGGGAUUGGUGGGUCUUCUAGUUCUCCCACCAUUUUUCCAACAUUUCGGAAGAAAGACUAUUCACAUCGCUCUUAACUGCCUACUAUCAAUUGGAUUCCUUUGUUUCUUCUUUUCAAAUAGCAUUACAGGAUUGUUUAUUGGAAAAUUUAUUCAAGGUAUUGAUAUGGGUGGCGUAACUAUUACCAUUUUUAUCAUUGCCGAGUAUUCACAUCCCAAACGACGUGGUUACUUUAUGACUAUAAAGAAAGCAAGUGUAUCAGUAGGUUCUUUACUCUGUCAUUCUUUAUAUUUCUCGUGGACUUGGAGACAAAUCGCACUUAUAGCUGUGGUCCCUUACACAAUAUCAACAGUCAUGAUACUCUUUUGGCCAGAAAGCCCAGCCUACUUGGCUAUGAAGGGCAAAUACAAGGAAUGUGAGAAGUCUCACAUUUGGCUCUUUGGAAAUUCCCAGAAGAGUAUAAAAGAUCUAGAUGAACUGCUAACAGCUCAAAUGGAGAGACGUAAUAAAAGGCCAAAGACUCCGAUGGAGAUGGUUAAAAGGAUUUUGGGCAAAUUCGCUCGGAAAGACUUUAUGAAGCCAACAUUAAUAGUCGCGUUACUAACUUUGAUGGUUGAUGCUUCAGGUCGAUAUUAUAUGAUACUGUACAUAAUACAAAUUGUUGUAGAAAUAACUGGUGAUACAUCAACAGCAGUAUACUGUUCGAUAGCUGCCGAUAUAUUUACCAUGAUUGCUUUGAUCUUCCAGGGCUUUGUUAUAAAACGAAUCUCACGGCGAAAAAUCCUUCUCUACUUUGGAGUUACCAGUACAGUCCUCACAUAUAUUUUAAGUCUUAUUAUUUACUUGCAAUCGAAUCAUAAGAUCGGCGCGGACCUGCUUUGGCUGACACCUUCAUUAAUUGUUUUCAAUUCGUUUAUGGGCUUUGUAGGGGUAAUUCCAACAGCGUUUACUGUGAUUGGAGAAAUAUAUCCAUUGGAGCACAAAGGUACAGGUUCAUUUGCUGCCGGUGUAUUGUUUACUGGCCUAUAUGCGAUAACUGUUAAAUUUAUACCAACAAUUAUAGAUGAAUUGGGCGUUGAAGGGAUGUUCGCGAUUUUUGCAACGUGUUUACUUGUAUGUGUUAUAGGAUUAUAUUUCACUCUAAUAGAGACCAAAGAUAGAACGCUACAAGAUAUAGAGGAUGAAAUCAAAGGCGUUAAAAGGAUGAAUGAGUGUUUAAUUAGUGCCACGUAGAGAUUAUAAUUAUUUUGUCGUCAUAAUAAUAAAACAUUAUUAUGACGACAAAAUAAUUAAUAUGGUAGCCAUGCUCGACUAUCUCGAACUAGUCCAGAGCCUAUUUAAAAACUGAUGGAAGGAAUUAAAAUUAAACCAAUAAUAUUUCACAGGAUCUGAGAUACUAUUUUCUACUAUUAUAAACUUUUCUUACGUGAUUAAAGAAUGGUGUAAUAUCAUUUAAGUAAGCACAAGCUAAUUUCAUGUAUUUAUACGAUAAUAUAUUUGAUUGUGAUGUUUUGUUGCAACAAAUGAAUUGAUAACGUAAAAACCUGUUUUAUGAACCAUACAGGCAUUUCCUGUAUACCUACUAUGUUAAAACUUAUGUCUAAUAUAAUGUAAGAUAUUAUAAAAAUGUCUUUAAUAUUCCAGUCCAGUCCUAUACAUUUAUUUAAACUUGUUUAAAAUAUAAUUAAUAACUAUGAAUUGUUGUAUCUCUACCUUACAAAUAAUUUGU